UAUCUCUGGAGGGUCGCAAAGCUGCGGACGUUCCAGGAGUGAACCUGGCAGCGGAGGGCAUCAUGGUAGGUGGCUUGAAGAGGAAACACUCCGACCUGGAGGAGGAAGAAGAGGAUGAGAAGUGGGACUGGAGUGCAGCAGGCCUGCGAAGCUACCAGCAAGCCCUGCUGCGCAUCUCCCUAGACAAAGUGCAGCGAAGCCUGGGCCCCCGAGCACCCAGCCUCCGCAGGCAUGUCCUCAUCCACAACACCCUGCAGCAACUUCAGGCCUCGCUUUGCCUGGCUCCAGCACCUGCCUUGCCCCCUGAGCCCCUCUUCCUGGGCGAGGAGGACUUCUCCUUGUCAACCACCAUCGGCUCUAUUCUCAGGGAGCUGGAGACUUCCAUGGACGAGACCGACACCCCUCAGAAUCCAGUGGCUACCCCAGGCCCCCAGAAUGAAGUGCUUCCCCAGCCUGAUCCAGUCUUCUUAGAAGCUCUGAGCUCUCGGUACCUGGGGGACUCAGGUCUGGAUGACUUUUUCCUGGACAUUGACACAUCCACAGUGGAAAAGGAACCUGCACUGGCCCCACCAGAGCCUCCUCACAACCUCUUCUGUGCCCCAGGGUCCUGGGAGUGGAAUGAACUAGAUCACAUCAUGGAAAUCAUUUUGGGAUCCUAAAACUUGAAUGGUUAAAGGGUGCUCCUUCCACAUUCUCAGCCUCAGUGGGCUGGAUCCCCUGGAUGCAGCUGUGUGUGUGUGUGUUGGUGGAGGCUUUAAGCAGUGGCUGGCCUCUUUUCCUCCCAUUUCAGGGUUCCACAAACUGUCUUAUAUGUAUGUGUGUGUGUGUGUCUGAUUACCAAAGCCUUCUGUGAAGGUGGGUCUUCCCGAAUUAAUUUAUCUGUUCCAAAUGCCUUAAUGAAACUGUUUCUGGGAGUCUGCUUUCCCACCUCCACAUUUCUUCUGCCUUCCCCUCCAGUUUACUCCUCUUGUGACCAUUGGGGCCUCAGGGAAGAUAAGCUGGGCCUGUCAAAGAAGGACAGGGAUGUGUUGCCUGGUAGCUAUGGAAACCCAGGCUCUGCCUCUUGUACGGGGAAGGAGUAGGAGGGACUGGCCUCCUCCCCCAAGGCUGAACCCCACCUCCUUGGCAGGACCCCAGACCCAGCAGCCUCCUGAUUCAUAAUCAGGCCGGACCACGUGCAAUAGGUGGAAACCAAACUGCUCCAUGCCGCAUUAUUUAAAAGAAAAGCGGGUUUUGUGGUGGUUUGAGGGUGGGGUGGGGGUAGGUUUUGAUUGUAAUUAUUAUU